AUGUUACCUUACAAAGCUGUCCUGUUUGUCCUCUUCGGAGUGUCCUUUGCGGUUCCCGCGGAAAAACGAAGCUCUAGCUGGUCGUUCUUGGGCUGCUAUACGGAUAACGUCUCGGGGAGAUCCCUGGCAGAGGGUAUCCCUGCUCCUGGAGGGGCGACCAACAUGACCGUACAGAAUUGCCAAGUCGGGUGUCAGGCUUUAGGGUUCACUCUGGCUGGGCUAGAGUACGCUGAUGAAUGCUAUUGUGGCAAUACCCUUCGAAAUGGUGGUGGCCCGGCCUCGGAUGGAAGUACUGGCUGCGACAUGGCAUGUUCUGGAAAUACUGCCGAGACUUGUGGAGGGCCCAAUCGCCUGGAUCUGUACCAAUAUGGUACUGCUGUAUCCACCACAACAUCUACUACAACGGCCACGGCUGCCACGGCUACAGGAUCAUCCAAUUACUGGUACGAGGAUAUUGAACACCAGGGAAUCUCCGCCUUUGGCCCCUCUGGAUAUACGGUCUAUCGAAAUGUAAAGGAUUAUGGCGCCACUGGAAACGGUGUUACUGAUGAUACGGCUGCGAUCAACGCUGCUAUCAGUGAGGGCGGUCGUUGUGGGGAGGGUUGUUCAUCCAGCACCACCACUCCGGCAGUGGUAUAUUUCCCAGCAGGAACCUAUUUGAUCUCCUCAUCGAUUAUAGACCAGUACAACACAAUUCUACUGGGAAAUCCAAACAGUCUACCAACGCUAAAAGCUAGCUCCGGCUUUUCUGGCUUUGGCUUGAUUGAUGGCGACAAAUAUUAUACUGCAUCACUCAACUGGGGCUCAACAAAUGUGUUUUACCGCCAAGUGCGUAACCUUAUCCUAGACAUGACUAGCAUCCCGGCUACUUCCUCAGCCACUGGAAUUCAUUGGCCCACGGCCCAGGCAACGAGUCUGCAGAAUCUCGUUUUCAAGAUGAGCUCGGCAUCAGGCACGCAGCACGUGGGUGUUUUUUGUGAAUCAGGUUCCGGUGGUUUCGUCACCGACUUAACUUUUAACGGCGGCUUAUAUGGCAUCCAGGUUGGCAACCAGCAAUUCACUAUGCGCAACUUGGUUUUCAACAACUGCGUCACCGCUAUCAGUCAGAUGUGGGACUGGGGCUGGGUGUAUCAAGGCAUCACUAUAAGCAACUGCCAAACUGGCAUAGAUAUGUCCGCGGGUGGUUCAUCCAACCAGGCGGUGGGCUCAGUGAUUCUUGUGGACAGCACAAUCACCAAUACCCCGGUGGGAUUGCUGACAGCAUUUGCUGAAAACGUGGCCCAUAAUGUGGCCAAUGGCAGUCUCAUUAUUGACAACAGUGUUUUCAGUAAUGUCCCAAAUAUUGUCAAGUCUACCUCUGCAGGCACUGUUCUGGCAGGCAGCAGCGGCACUGUGACGGUAGCUGGAUGGGGUGAGGGCAACAGUUACACAACCUCCGGCCACACACGUUUCCAAGGCUCGUUCACUCCCAUUACUCGACCUUCAGCACUCCUAAGUGGCCCCAACUAUUACGUCCGGUCGAAACCCCAAUAUGACUCCCUCGCGGUCUCCUCUUUUAAGAGCGUGCGCAGUGCUGGUGCCGCUGGUAAUGGAGUGACGGAUGAUACGAGUGCAUUACAAAGCGUGAUCAACAGUGCCACGGCGGCUGGACAAGUGGUGUUCUUUGACGCCGGCACAUACAAAGUCACUAGCACUUUGUUAAUUCCUCCGGGGGCAAAACUGGUCGGUGAAGCAUACUCGGUGAUCAUGUCCAGCGGCAGCUACUUUAACAACAUCAACUCCCCCCAGCCUAUCGUUCGAGUGGGCAAUGCCGGACAAGCUGGUCAGGUUGAAUGGUCCGACAUGAUUGUUAGCACACAGGGUGCCCAGCCUGGGGCCAUUCUAAUCGAGUGGAACUUAGCUUCCUCCGGGACUCCCUCGGGAAUCUGGGAUGUCCACGCCCGCAUCGGAGGGUUCACAGGCUCCGACUUGCAGGUGGCUCAGUGUGAAAAGACUCCCUCCAGCACCUCUAUCAACUCCGCUUGUAUCGCCGCCUAUAUGAGUCUGCAUGUGACCGCAUCAGCCUCAAACCUAUACAUGGAGAAUGUGUGGCUGUGGACCGCAGACCACGAUAUCGACGACGCAUCAAAUACCCAAAUCACCGUUUACAACGGGCGCGGUCUCUAUAUUGAAAGUACCGCUGGAACAUUCUGGCUGUACGAUUUACCUUCAAUUUUUGGUUUACGGGCGCAAGUCGGAACGUCGGUGGAGCACCACACUCUUUACCAGUACCAGUUGGCCAAUACUAAGGAUAUUUACAUGGGAUUCAUCCAGACGGAGACACCCUAUUAUCAACCCAACCCAUCAGCGCCUGCACCAUUUACUGUGGAGUCCUCGUUGAAUGACCCCAACUUUUCUACUUCCUGUUCUGGCCAGUCCGCAAACUGCAACGACGCCUGGGGGCUCCGAAUUGUGAACUCCAACAGCAUCCUUGUAUACGGUGCCGGGCUUUAUUCGUUCUUUAACAACUACGACGGCACCUGCAAUGCCCAAAAUGGCCCCGAGAAUUGUCAACCGAAUAUCUUCGACUUGGAAGGAACUGUCGAAUCAAUCGAAGUCUACUGUUUAAGUACUGUCGGCGUGCAGAACAUGAUCAGCCAAAACGGCGGAUCUCUGGCACUCUACAGUGAUAAUGUUGAUGUUUUUACUGACACCAUCGCCUUGUUCCAAAUUCCGGCCUAG